AUGGCUACCUUUCCUGAGACUCAGCCGCAAGAGGUAGCCAAGAUCCCACGCUUGAAAUGCAGGAGGCCCACUUCUCUGGAUGAAGGCGAGCAGUUGCAAUGCAAGGCCUGCUGGAACCUUUACCAGAUCCUCUAUCGCCAUGUUGGCGGCAUCCCUGAGACGCUGAACCACUUGCAGCCGAAGCAGCAAGCCGAGUUCUUCAAGUCCACUGGUGAUUUGAUGCUGGCGACGCCCAAGAACGGCAGGUGGGCACUGGUUCGAAAGAGCAUCGUGACCUCUGUGGCCUCCUUUAAGACGGAGCAGGUCCACAACACGGUGGAAAAGAAGUAUCGUCCACUUUCGGUGUGGAAGCAAAAGGGUUACGAUGUCAAAGAUAUCGAAGAGCGUGGGGAGAGCAGAGAUGACGAUGUCUUUGGCAAGGUUUGGACUGCUCCUUUGACUUCCAUCAAGGUGGAAGACAUAGUGGGCACCAUCGAGAAAGAGUUGAUGGAGAAGGAAUUGAAGCUGAAGAACCAGAAGGGCAGGAAGCGCACCAAGCCUUCCUCAGCAACGGCUCAGCGACCUGAGGUUGUCACUGUGGAGGAUGGGGAUGACGUCUGGUCCAUUCCCUCUGAAGAUGAGGUCGCUGUGAGUGGAAAGCCUGGCCCAAACAAGAUUCCCAAGACAAGUUCUGCUGAGAAGGAAGCAGCCGCAGCUGCCAGAAAGGCUGCGAACUUGCGAGCGACUUCUUGGAAGAAGGAGGUCAGCAAGGCAUCCAAGAUCAUGGCAUCUUUCAACAGCACCUCCAAUUCCUUGGCGUCUUUGCUGAUCAAGGUUGAGAAGCGGCAGGGCGUCCUUGAUGACCAAAUGGUCAGUGGACUGCAAGAAGCCAACACCAAGAUCCGGACGUUGAACACAAGCGCAACCGCCUUGAUCAGUGCCACUGAUGAGACCCGUGCUUCUUCAGACCCUCGCGUUUUGCAGCAAGAUACCCGAAGAAAAUUGGCGCGCGGCCUGACAGUUCCCGGUGCCUCAGAAAGAGCAGUACAUGAGUUGUGGAAUGUUUUCCACGAUGAAGACGAGCGCAUUUCAAGAGGUUGCUUCACAGAUGUGGUAGAGGAAGAGCUUGGACCCUGGAAGCAAGUGACUGACCCUAUCAAGUUUGAUACUCAUGAUGAUACCCAGCAGGAAAUCCAUAUGGUCAAUCUACGCAAGUAUUUGGAGAAGCUGUGUUUGGACUCUCUGCCGUACAGGGAAGCGUUGAUGAAAGCAGCGCAAGGGACUGGAUACCUGACGCCAGUGUUGUACUGUGAUGAGUGUACAGCCGGUAAUGUUCUAUCUGCUGACAAAUCUCGCAAAAGUUGCCUGUUCUACCUGGGCUAUCUUGAGACCUGGCACCUUCUGAAGCAUGAGGUCCUUUGGAUACCUUUCGCCUGCGUCCAAAGCCAAUGCAUCAACACUUUGCAGGAUGGUGUUUCAAGACUCCUUUGUCACAUGGUGGAACAAAUUACCAAUGCAGAAUUCACAGCUGGUUUCUGGCCCACCCUGACUUGA